CUAUGACUCAUGUGUUCCAAUUGGAAACGACAGGCCGUGGUCUAUCUGGGGUUAGUUAGACAAAUAUUUGGUACAGUGGGUUGAAACGGAAUGAAACAUCGAAUCAUAUGAGCAAAGGCAGCUUCCAAAUUAUUUCUGAUUGCGCCGUCCGCAACAACACUGAAAUAUUCCUAUACGAUUCGGUGUGCUCCUUUUUUUUAAAGCAUAGCAGCGGGCUUUGACUGUAUUUCCUGCUUAAUGCAGCAUUAUCAGUGUGUAUACAGGACUGUAUUGUGUUGACUGACUGGUUAUGAUACGAGUGUGACGAAACUGGGUUGGGUUGGAAACAGGGUUGGGCCGAUUCGAAUAGCACUUACCCUUUUAGGAUUUCCAUAUUGCCUCUGCACCUCAGGAAUCAGGUAUGGAAUCAUUCUGAAGCGUCCCACCUCAUGCCCUCCUGACCAGUUUUCUGCCAGAGUUAGUAAAAGCCUCAGUACCAGUGCCUAUAGUCUGUGUGUGCUACCGCCCAGUGUCUUCACCAUGCCCUCCUCGGCCCCUCACAGCAAGGCCAGAUGCCCAAAGUACCCAGGCUCAGAGACACAGCGGUUCCCAGUGCCUGAUGACAAAGUGGACUGGAAGACCGACUGGCCCCAGUACAGCCCAGUGAGCUACACUGCCAGGUCUGUGCUCAUCAAGCCUGAAUGGGCCGAUCAGGACAUCGGGUCUUUCUCCCCGCGGUUUAACGCUCUGGAUGGCAAUGUGGACAGGCGGAGUCACGAGGGAGACUACAGAGUGGAGCAGGGCAUGCCACUAAAUCCUCGCGGCCGCACUGGUUUGACUGGGAGAGGUUUGCUGGGACGGUGGGGACCCAAUCACGCAGCAGAUCCCAUUGUUACCAGGUGGAAGAGAGACUCAGCUGGACAGCAAGUGUCGCACCCAGUGUCCAAACUGCCAGUUCUGCAGUUUGUGUCCAUCAAGAGGAGAGAUUGUGGAGAAUGGGCCAUCCCAGGGGGUAUGGUAGACCCGGGGGAGCUGGUGUCCCUCACCCUGCAGCGUGAGUUCUCUGAAGAGGCUCUGAACUCCCUGGCAGCUUCCCCCCAGGACAGAGAGCGGAUCCACAAGCACAUCACUCAGCUGUUCAACUCGCCAGGUCUGGAGGUUUAUAAGGGCUAUGUAGAUGACCCAAGAAAUAAUGACAACUCUUGGAUGGAAACAGUUGCUGUCAACUUCCAUGAUGAUACAGGGAACAGUGUGAGCAAGCUCCCAUUGCAAGCAGGCGAUGAUGCCGGGCAAGUCCACUGGAUCGACCUUGACUCCAUCCUAUCCCUCUAUGCAAGCCAUUCCCAUUUCUUGGAGGUGGUCGCCAAGGAGAGGCAUGCUCACUGGUAACCAAGGAAACCGUGUUUGACCGAAGGACUAAGAUGAUUCGCACUGAUGUUGGUGCAAGUUUGAGUAGAAUAUAAUGAUGGAAGUUUGAGGUAGUGUGACCUCAACAAGUGGUGACACACUGUCCUCGCGUUCAAGAGGAUUGGCCCGAGCAAGGCCCUGCAGCAUAAUCACUAUGUUUCGGCAUCAUGGCCUUCGUCAGGGAGUCACAAAGAAACAAU